UCCCCGAAUUCCUCUCUUUCUCUCUCUCCCUGUUUCGGUUCUUGCAAUUUAUCUGAAUCUCUCUUUCGCGGUUUCGUAAAAUCGAAGCCAAACGCUGAUCAAAUUCUGCACGGAAAUGAUUGAACUGUUCUUUAGGUCUUAGCUUUCUGCACCUCUUCUUAUGAUCGUUUUGUCAUUUGUAUUUAUUGUUCUCGGUGGUGUUUUCGGCGUCAAUGGCGGAAGCCGAACGGAGAUUCUGCGUCGGGUAUGCCCUUGCGCCGAAGAAGCGACGUAGUUUCAUACGAGACUCGCUGGUGAUGCUUGCGGAAUCGCGAGGUAUCGAUCUUGUGCGGAUCGACACGGACCGGCCCCUUGUUGAUCAAGGAGCCUUCGAUUGCGUCAUCCACAAGCUGUAUGGUGCAGAUUGGAGGAGGCAACUGGAGAAUUUUAGGGUUGUGAACCCUAGUGCGGUGAUUUUGGACUCACCGGACGCGAUUCUGAGGCUUCACAACAGGAUUUCCAUGCUCCAGGUGGUAUCGGAGCUGAAGGUUGAAAACCACGAGGAGUCGUUUGGGAUUCCUAAGCAGAUUGUGAUUUACGAUAAGGAGACUCUAUCGGAUCCGCAGGCUUGGGAGGCCUUGAAGUUCCCGGUCAUUGCCAAGCCCUUGGUCGCCGAUGGCAGUGCCAAAUCGCAUAAAAUGGCGCUCGUGUUUAAUCACGACGGCUUGAACAUGCUUAAGCCUCCUAUUGUAUUGCAAGAAUUUGUGAACCACGGCGGGGUUAUAUUCAAGGUUUAUGUGGCCGGAGAGCACGUAAAAUGCGUAAAGAGGAAGUCACUUCCGGACGUUUCUGAGGAGAAACUGGAGAGCGUCGAGGGCCUGCAGUCAUUCUCUCAGGUGUCAAAUUUGACCAACCACGAGAGAGUUGACGAGAAGUAUUAUCAGAUGAUGCAAUUGGACGACACUGAGAUGCCACCAUUGAGUUUCGUCACUGAUAUAGCCAGAGGAUUACGGCAUGCGAUGAAGCUUAAUCUCUUCAACUUCGAUAUGAUUCGGGAUUCAAUAAACGGGAAUCGGUACCUCAUAGUUGAUAUCAAUUACUUUCCGGGGUUCGCCAAAAUGCCAGGGUACGAGAAGAUUUUAACGGAUUUCCUCUCUGACGUAAUGUGGAGGAAAGACAGAGAGGUGGUAAAAGCUUGGUUCGAGCACGAUGGCUCAGGGCCGACUGCCUUCGAUAAAAGGCAAGUCCACACUUGUGAAAAUGAUUCUAGAAAGGUUGUGAUGCUUACUUGCAUCAGUAAUGGGGACGGAGGAGGUUGAACGAUACUUGAAAGCUGCAUUUCCAUUUAUUUUUCCAUUGACUUAGACCUUUAAUCCAAUUGAAUUUGCCAAUAGCAGGAUGUUCUGCUUGUAUUCAAGUUCUAAAAUGAGCUGUAGUCUCUAGCUCUUAAUAUGGUGAUGGACAAACUGGGCAGUUCCUCUGUUCUUUUUACCUCAAAUUUGCGAAAAAGGAAAUCGCAUGCUAUAAUAUUAUUAAUUGUUGACUCUA